CUGGACUAUUGCGGAAUAGCUCUGUUGAUCACCGGCUCAUUCGUUCCGUGGCUUUACUACGGCUUCUACUGUUCAUUAAUGCCUAAGAUUUUUUACUUGUGUUUAACUAUAUUCCUGGGCCUGUCGUCAGUGAUUGUCUCGCUGUGGGACAAGUUCUCAGAGCCCCACUUCCGGCCCUUCCGGGCGGGAGUGUUCAUGUCGUUCGGCCUGUCGGGUGUCAUACCGGGCGUCCAUUGGCUCAUUAGUCACGGCCUCACCUCAUGGAUCGAGUCGUCGAUUCGGGCCUCGUUUACAAGUCUUAUAGUGAUGGGCGCCCUCUAUAUUACAGGUGGCCUUCUGUACGCCUCCCGAAUUCCCGAACGAUUCUUCCCCGGAAAAUGUGAUUAUUGGUUUCAUUCGCACCAAUUGUUUCAUAUACUUGUGAUUUGCGCGGCUGUCGUCCACUAUCACGGCAUCACAUGUAUGGCCGACUAUCGGCUCAAUUCGCCGAACGCUGUCUGUCCGGCGCCCGACGAGUAUCUGGAGUAUUAAGUUAUAUAUUAGCAACAAAUUAGCAAUAAUUUCAAGUAUUAUUGAAAUCACAAACAAAAUAAAUUCAUUAAACAUAUUGUGAAUCUGUUUUAUUUUUAACGAAAACAAACGCUACAAACAGAAUAUGUAACGAAUUUUUCUUGCUUUUUGAUAGAAAUUGUUUGGACACAAC